AUGGCCGUCGCCACGCGCUCCGCCGCGCUACUCUUCGACUGGAGGAGAAAUGACAGCGGCACGUUGAUCUCGCCGUGUGGCCGUGGUACUCGUACUAGCAGUUGCACAACCACCGGCAAAUCAGGCAAUGUGGCGUUAAAUACUGGCAUUCGUCGCCGCGUGGAACCACCUCCGCCGCAGCCGCCACCGACAUCGCGGCUUCUGCGGCAGGAUUCUCAACCUUCUGCUAAUCUUCGCCUUCGCGAGAUUAGGGGGAGCCGACGCACGCUCACCGUGAUCCUCAGCAAGAGCUCGCUUAAUCGCCGCGGGACCGGCCGCCUUCUCCGGAAAUCGCCAUUCGCAGGGCAAUUUGCUGCUUCUACACGCCUACACCUGGCUGCUGGGGCGCCUCGAGCUGCUGGGGCUGCAGCGGCUGCUGGAGGGGCGGGCACGCAUGAUUAUCAUGAUCAUCGAGUCGACUUCCCCGGCGGUGAAGCCAACAGGAGAGACGCCUUGUCGGUUGAGGAUCCUACUGCUGCUGAUAGUACUGCCGCUACUACAACUAACAGCAGCGCGAGUAUUCUGGUGCAGGGGUUGGAGGGGCGGUCGUGGGCGGAGAAGGCGCAGCACGCGCGCAAGCUGCUGGCGGGGCUGCUGGCGCUCUCCCGCCCGCACAACUUCCUGCCCUCUGUGCUGCUCGUGCUCCUCGGCGCGUUCCUCGGCGCCUCAUCCGCAGGCGGUGGCACUGCGGCCAUGUCUGCUGCCACUGCCAACAUCACCGCUACAGCUGCCACUGCUGCUACAACCGCUGCUGCUACAGCCGCCACCGCAGCAACUGCCGCCGCUGCAGCGAGCCUCCCUGCCCUUCCCGUGUGGCUGUCCCCGCGGGUGCUGCUGGUGGCGGCGCUAUCGGGCAGCAUCGCGCUGGCGUCAAUGGUGGUCAACGACGUGUUUGACUGGCAGAUCGGGUCCGACCGAGUCAACUCGCCCGCCAAGCCCCUCGUGUCAGGCGCCGUGCACCCUUAUGAUGCGGAGCUAGCAGCAGGCUGUCUCUACUCCCUCAUAGUCCUCGCAGCGUGUCAGCUGGAGCCCUUGCCUCUGCGCAUGCUGGUGGCGGGCGCGGCGGUCGGCACGUAUCUCUACACCCCGUUCCUCAAGAGAAUCACUCUGGUUAAGAACGUCUCAGUCGCUGCAAUCAUAGCGUCGUCCCUGCUUGCUGGCGCGCUUGCUGCUGGAGCCUCUUUCUCCGCCCUCUACCGUGCGUCAGGCGCCUUCCUCUUCCUCUUCCACGCGCUGCUGUACCGAGAGGUGCUUAUGGACGUCGCUGACGUCACUGGUGACGCCAGCGCAGGCGUGCCGACGCUUGCGGUGCGGCUGGGGAAGCAGAGGGCGGUGCUGGUGGCGUGUGGCAUGCUGGUUCUGGCGCAUGCUGCUGGGGCUUUCCUCGCGAGGCGUUCACCAGCCCUUGUUCUCCUCGCGUCUAUCUGCCUCCUCCCUCUCUACGCACACACUCUCCCCCUCCUGUCGCUCCACAGCCACACACGCCCCAAGUCACAUCAUCGCAUUCACUCUCCACCAUGUGUUCCCAGCCUGACGUUCUCCGCGUCACUCGGCAUUCUUGAGAGCGCCAUUCCCGUCCGCGCGGUGCCGCUGAAUCCGACUGGAGGAAAUGCUAUGCGGGCGGACCAGGGCAGACCACACCAACCAAUGUCCCGCUCUGCUCUGCUCCCCGCUUGUUCCUGCUCGCCCUCCCCUGCAGCCAAUGACGUCAUCCGCGGGGCGUCAGGCCAAGACGUGUCCGCGACGCCGCCGCCGGCGGUGGCGACGGCGAUCACGGUGGGCAGCACCUUCGCGUUCAACUUCACGGCGGCGCGCUGCACCAACCUGCCCACCACCGCCUCCUCCGCCACCGUGCAGUGGACGUCCGCCGCCGCCGCCGCCGCCGGUCUCCCCGCGUGCGAGAACGUCACCUUCCUGACCGGCGCUGAUUGCACUGGGGUCGUCGCGUCGUCCGCCGCCAAGCCCUCAAGGUCAGCGUCGCGCCUGCGCCAUGGCGUGGCCUUUCUUCUCUCUCGUGCUUCCUGUGCCUCCCCUCCCCUCCACAGCCCGACCACCUACACCAGCCGAGCCAUUCUUCCCUAUCCGUAUCCACUGUCGGCUCUCUGCUUUAUCGCUUCACUCGCUGCCUCAUGCCCCCUCUUGCUCUCACACCGGAUUCACGCCUCCCUCACCUCCCCUUGCUGCUCUGCCCGCGCCCUACCUGCAUCGCACGUGGCGUCAUGUCAUCCCGGCUGCAUGGCAUCAGCGGGAGACGCUGCGUGGUGGCCGACGGAGGUGGCGGCGAGGGUGGUGGUGGCGACGGCCGUGGCAGUGGGCGCCUACAAGGUCGCCUUCGACCCCUCCUCGCGCUGCGCCACCGUGCCCGCCGCCACCGCGCCCGCUGGCGUCGCCACGCCUGUCACCGUGCAGUGGGGGAGCAGCAGCAGCUUGCCGGGGGGCGGGGCGAGUGCGCCGUGCAACGUGGUGUCGUUCUUCCCGGGCACCAACUGCGACGGCGCCGUCAUGCAGCACUUCUACUCCUUCUCCAGCAGCAACCCCACGUCCAUCACACCUUCAUCAUACAGCCCACUCACAACAGUUCGCUGCAAAUUCUCGUUGAACACGGCAUGCAAGUACGCCACAUGCCCGGCCAACUCCGUGUGUGCGGAGACAAGUGACAACAGGGGAGCCACCUGCAAGUGCGACAAGUAUUAUAUUGGCAUCAACGGCACCUGUCAAGACAAGUGCAGUCUCGACUGCAUGGCCAAUUCCCGUUGUGAAAGGGACGCGCUUGGGGCUCCGAAUUGUGUGUGCAACAAGGGAUUUCAGUAUGCUCCUGACAGCAACACCUGCGUUGACAAAUGUGAUCUGGUGAAUUGUGGGCCCAACGGCAAGUGCAUCAAGGAUGCAGAUGGAAAUGCCACAUGUGCUUGCAACGCUGGCUUCCAGAUGCCUCUCGACAGGAUCACUUGCGUUGACAAGUGUGAGUUGGUGACAUGCGGUGCCAACUCCCGCUGCAGCAAGGAUGCAAGUGGGAAUACAAGUUGCGAGUGCAUCAUCGGCUUCGAGAGGCUUCCGGGCAACGACACUUGCGUUGACAAAUGCGCUUCAGUGAUUUGUCAGCCCAACAGCACGUGCAAGAAGGAUGCAAACGGAAUUCCAGCCUGUAGUUGCAACACCGGCUUCAUACCGUCUUCUGACAACCUCACUUGCAUUGACAACUGUGCUUCGGUGAAAUGUGGGCCCGGCGGCACGUGCGAGAAGGGUCGGAACGGAAGCCCAUUCUGCAAUUGCACGAUUGGCUUCAAGCCGUCUUUUGACAACCUUACUUGCAUUGACAAUUGUGGUGCAGUGAAGUGUGGGUCCGGCGGCACGUGCAGCAAGGAUGGGAACGGAAACCCGUUCUGUAACUGCACAAUCGGCUUCAAACCGUCUGCUGACAAGCUAUUUUGCAUUGACACCUGCGUUUUGGUGGAUUGUGGGCUCAACGGCAAGUGCGUGUAUAAGGACAACGGAGAUGCAACCUGCUCGUGCAACGCGGGCUAUCACGUUGCUCGGGACCGAUUGUUUUGCAUCAGAACGGAGUGUUACAUGCUGGGCUGCGAACCAGAAGGGACCUGUACAGCCUAUUAUGGAGGUUUCUACUGCCAAUGGCGCUCACGCUGUGGCUCCUGCCCCUCGGGAGCAUCUUGCCAAACCUUUUACCCGCCUAGCGGAGGUUCUUCUGUGCCAUACUGCCAGUGCCCCGGGGGUUAUGGAAUGACCUCAACUGGUUGUGUCCAGGGUUCACCUGACCAAGUGCUUGCCAGCAGCGUCACUCUCAUUCAGGACGAGUCUCAGACUCUAACCAAUGCAUCCAGGCCCUACACGUUCCGUUACAAAAAGGGCUGCAAUCCGUUCCCAAAGGAGGUUGCUGGGAACUACAAGUCUACGUUCGAAGUGCACAACAUCAAUGGUGCCCCGGGUUGUCUCGAGUGGCGAAGCUACGACACAAACAACUGCAGCUCGACACCUUUGAGGAGUGGAUUCCUGGGCACUACUGCAAUGUUUUCUUCUGCAUCUCA